UUUGUUUUCCAUUACACUCAUCGGCAAAAGCAGGAGCAGCCUCACAGACGACAAUGGCCAGCUACAGCGUUGACCCAGGCCCUGAAAAGUUAUCUAACCUGCAGGGUCAGGUGAAUGAUGUGAAGGGCAUCAUGACACACAACAUUAAGAAAGUCCUAGAGAGAGAAGAAAGGCUGGACGACCUAAUUAUCAAAACGGAUGAUCUCCAAGCAUCUGCUGAUUCUUUUCAGAAAACAUCCACAAAGAUUGCAAGGAAAAUGUGGUGGAAAAACACAAAAAUGAUCAUUAUCAUUGUGGUAAUUGUGGUUGUGAUCAUCAUCCUCAUCAUUCUCUUUGCUACAGGUGUCAUCCCAACAUAAGACCUUUCGACCUUGCACUGAUGGAACAGUUAUUGGAGCAAUUUCACUUUCUUGUAUAUAAUGCAGUUCUUCUCUAGAAAUAUGUAUUAAAUACUUUAAAUAAAACAAAUUACAUUACAACAAAUUUUAUAAAAACAAAUGAAUAAUAAAGAAAUUUAUAUUUGAACUUAUUUCUUUCUAGAAUUACAAAUUGCCAUACCUUUAUUGUUACAAAGCCUAUUUAAAUGUAUGUAAAACAUUUUUCCACCUUCCUCCCCACACUCUGUAAUAACUACUUAUCUAACAGCUAUUUCCCAAAGUGUUGGAGUACAGUUGAGGCCUAGCUGGACGAAUGCUGCAACCUUCCAUGUGAGCUAAAAUAGUGAGCACUACAGGUUAUUCGGUUGUGAUCAAUUGUAUUCUCAAUGCCCAUUGUACUUUCCAGCAGUGUUAUGGAAAGUAGUCAAGAGCACAGACCCAUUGUUACCCCAGCUUAGAUCAACUAAAUUAGCAGAUAGGGUAUCUUCCUGGUCUGGGGGAAAAAAUACAUAUAAUUUGCGUUUUUCUUUUAAAAAAAAGACCUUUGUUGCCAUCUCUUUAUCCUUCCAGGUAUAUGACAGCAGGUUUCCAAAGUGCUGUAACACAGGUUGGCAGGGCAAGAGAUGGAGAAGCAAAGAGAAACAAGAGUAGCAAAGGAAGGAAACAGCAAGCAAGGUUACAUUAUAACUAUGAAUGAAACUUUGUGUACAGAAGUAGGAACUCACCAAGUGUGAAAAUGACUUCAUUGUUUCUGUAGUUUUAUGGGUGUAAGCAAUGCAGAAUAAGGAAGCGGUGAUGGUAAACAGGAAGAAUAGGAUAAUGAUCUGCAAAUAUUUUAUUUCAAACAGUUACACUAUUAGGCAGCACCACUGCUUGUUUACUUACCUCCAUUAUAUGCCAUAUUAUCAUUUCAGUGCUGUACUUAGGCAGCACUGUAACAUUUCUCAAAUGAGAUGUUAAACCGCAGUCCCAUCUACCCUCUCAGGUGAACAUUUAUGAGCAUAAAUAAUUCAAUGACAAGGCUGAAGGGAAUUUCAGGAGACCUACUCAAUCAAUGUCACUAAAGCAGAUUAUCUGGUCAUUUAUUUUAUUGUUGUUUGUGGGGCCUUGCUGUGUGCAAAUUGGCUGCUGUGUUUUCUACAUUACAAUGGUUACAAUUCAAACCAUCUCAUUAGCUGUAAAGUACUUUGUGAUGUCCAGAGGUCAUAAAGUACACUACGUAACUGCAAAUUCUUUCUUUUUCUUAAUUCACCAAUGAGCAAGGACUUAUCAUUUACAGUCUACUGACAUUGUUAAAUUAAAAGAGCCUUGCUUGGAAGUGGGAUAAACCAGUACAACAUAUUCUGUUACUUAUGAAAUUUAUUCCACGUGUAACAGCCCAAAGGCAAAGUAAAAUGGGAAUUGUAGAUAGGAAUAUAUAGUGACUGAGAUGACUUCAAUAAAGUGUUAAGCUCA